AUGUCUGUGAUAGUGUACUCUGCGCUGGGGGUCUUGUGCCUAUUCCUCCUCAAAUCUCUGUUCGGACGAAAAGGCUCGAGUGCUUCUCUUCCGCCCGGGCCUCCCGAGCAACUCAUUGUCGGCAAUCUCCGUGACCUCCCACCAUCCGGAUCCCAUGAAUGUUCGCUGAAUAUCUUCGGCCAAACAUUAAUCAUCAUCAACGAUGCCAACGCGGCGAUCACGCUCUUCGAAAAGCGCUCCGCAAUCCAUUCUGCUAGACCGGAAUUUCCUAUGGCGGAGCUAUCCGGCUGGGGUCAAGCGGUGAGUUUGCUGCAGUGUACGCCUCUGUUCCGAACGCAUCGCAAGGCCCUGCACCGAGAACUCGGUACCACGGCUGCUGUUGCGCGAUUCAACGAUAUUCUGGAUAUUGAGGUUCGACGGUUUCUUCUGCGGAUGAUCCAGACGCCGGAUCAGUUGAUGGAGUAUAUUCGGAAACAAACCGGCGCAUCAAUUCUCAAGAUCGGAUACGGGUACAAUGUCGAACCGAAGGGUCGCGAUCCGCUCGUUGAUCUCGUUGAAAAAGGCAUGGCUGAAUUCUGCGAUGUCGUGGUUCCGCAUGGAUGGCUUGUUAAUCUUGUUCCCGCUUUCAAACACUUUCCUAGUUGGCUUCCAGGCGGCGGAUUCCACAAGACGGCCGAGGAGUACCGAAACAGCGUUGCGCGCCUGCGCGAUCUGCCGUAUUACUUCGUUAAGCGACAGAUGGAACAGAAGAAAGACACACCAUCUUUCGUGUUGAGUAGUCUGAACAAGGAACAUGUCGAGCCGGGUUCGGACGAUGAGAUGGUGUUGAAGUGGUCCGCUGUGUCGCUGUAUGCUGGAGGCGCUGAUGCUACCGUCUCCUCAAUCGCCUGCUUCUUCCUCGCAAUGGCCCUGUACCCAGAAGUACAACGGCGCGCGCAAGAAGAGAUCGACCGCGUGGUAGGAACGUCUCGAUUGCCUGGUUUCCAAGACCGCGAGAACCUGCCGUACAUCAACGCCAUGGCUCAGGAGAUUCUACGCUGGCAUCCCAUCGCGCCCGUCGGGUUCGUUCAUAAGUCUAGCGAAGAGGAUAUAUACGAGGGAUAUCGCAUCCCAAAGGGAGCGAUCAUGAUUCCAAAUAUUUGGGGCUUCAUGCACGACCCAUCAAUCUAUCACGACCCAAUGACCUUCAAACCGGAGCGCUUCCUCUCCGAGAAAGGCCACACACCAGAACGCGAUCCCAACAUGUUCGCAUUCGGCUUCGGACGAAGAAUUUGUCCUGGUCGGGUCCUCGCCAACGCAGAUAUCUUUCUCACGAUUGCGCAGGCGGUCGCGAGUUUGAAUAUCACGAAGCCGGUGAAAAAUGGACAGGAGAUUCCUGUUAAGGUGGAGUUCUUGCCGGGCGUGAUUAGCCAUCCGGCACCGUUUGAGGUUACUAUUAAGCCGAGGAGCCGGGGGCAUGAGGAGUUGAUUAGGGAAGUUGAGCGAACGGCGCCGGAGGAGAAGAGUGAUGCAGAGGCUUUGAUAAGAGGUGUUUAA